UCGUUCUUCUUCUUGUUCUUAUUAAUAUGCCCAUUAAUUAGUUAGCAUUUUAAGUCGUUGAUUGUUAAAUGUGGGUGCUUUUUACGUGCAGGGCAAAAUAAAGAAUAUAACUUUUGAAGGUUUCCACAAGAAUUAUGGAAACAAAAAAAAAUCGCGGGCUAAUAAGAUUAGAAGGAAAUAUAUUCGAUUAUCUCAGGUAUUAAGGAGAUGUCAUUUGGUUGAAAAUAAAAGAAUUCAAUCAAAGAAGAUUGUUAAACAUCCGGUUAUCAUGCUAUGGUUGAAGAAUUGGAAUGUUUCUAAGGGUUGCUGUUUGCUACUUUCUAAGUCCUUUUGUAAGGCGCAUUUACCGGUGGUAGAUACUACUAUGGUACUCGAGGCAGAGACCGGAGAACGAUAUGAAGUCAAGUUUCUAUCACGAUCUUGUAGGUUAAGUGGUGGGUGGAGAAGGUUUUCAGUGAGUAUGAAAUUGGAAGAAGGAGAUGCUGUUGUUUUACACUUGGUUGAAGUUACCAAAUUCAAGGUAUACAUCAUAAGGGCAAAUUCUUCAGAUGAAGUCAAUCUACCUGUACAUGUCUUUAAUUUAGUCGUCAGUCGUGUAAAGCGAAGUGUUUCUAGUAAAGCAGAUCGCAGUCAGCUAUUCAUCUAUAGGAGAGGGGAAGUACAAGAAUAUUUGCAGGGGAAGCAAAGAGAGUUCAAGGCUGACAAGAUACGGGGAAAUGAUACACGUGUAUCUCAGGUAUUAAGGAAAUCCCGUUUAGUUCAAGUAUCAAAGCUGAUUGUUGGACAUCCGGUUACUGUGAAAUGGUUGGUGAAAUCAUACACUUCUGGUAGUUCUUUGCCACUUCCUACGACAUUUUGUAGGGCUCUUUUACCACUGGAAGAUGCUAUAAUGACACUCGAGACAGAAAUUGGAGUGCAAUAUGAAAUUAAGUAUCUGGCGCAACAUUCUAUACUCAGUGGUGGCUGGAGAAAGUUUGCCAUGCAUAUGAAAUUGGAAGCAGGGAUGCUAUUGUUUUCCACUUAUGAAGCUACCAAAUUCAAGGUAUACAUCAUAAGAAAGAAUGCUAAUGAAGUCCGUCUGCCUGUUCAUAUCCUUGAAUUACUCAGUCAUGCAGAGCGAAGUGUUUCAUCUAAAGAAGAUAGCAAGCACCUAAUUGUGUAUAGAAGACGGAAAGAAAAUCAAAUAGCAGGAAACUACAGUUGCAAGAGCGCGAGACUCAAUUCCAGAAAUGCUGAAGGCUCCAUGUUACUUAAUGAUAGGAUACUUUUCAGUAACAUCAAAAGCUUUGAAGAGUUCAAAGCUGCCAUACACGAGUUGAUUCAAAACCAUGAGCUGCCUCACUACGCCAUUCAGGAAUAUUACCAACUAUGCUGCAGUCAGAAUGCAUUUCUUCAUGCUGAUUUAUUCAGAGGAAUCAAUACAGGCGUAUAUAAUCAGAUCAUAGUUAGGGCCAUUAGAAAUAUCAUAUUUGACACUGUCAACUUAGCCAAUAUAUUGAGUACUUGCAAGCUCUCCACCUUCCUCCAAAAGUAUGAAUCAAUGGACAAGGCCUUAAAGACCUUUGAAGUUCUAGGAAUGAAUGUCAGCUUCCUCCGUGCUCGUCUACACCACCUUAAGAACCUUGCUGUCAGUUCAGAAGGCGCAGCAGACAGAAUUCAAUAUGAAGUAGCAUGUCAUGAACGUGGACGUGCAAAAGGUGAAGUAAGGAAACUGGAACUUAUACUUGCUAAGUUACAAGCAUUAAAGCCCAACCCUUUCGAGGAUAAACAUAGAGAAGGAAACUCCUGGCUUGAGGAUGUUAAAGUCGAGAUAAGUAACCUCCAAGAUUUGAUUGCGGAAUUAGGUGAGUUUUUUUCUCAAUAUGAUGCUCACAUUGAGACAUUAAAGUUAAAGGCUAAGGCUCAUGAACUGAAAUUUCAGGAAGAAGUUAGUGCAUCAUGGUUGAACUGUCCUAUUAAGUGAGCACAUACUGAUUACUGAAUGCACAUAAUUGAAGAGAAUACAUAUUAUGUUUGUAAAAAGGUUAUGUAAUACAGUAGUAAUUUACUAGCUCUGUUUUCUUGGUAAAUAACUAGAUAUGCACUAUACAGUACCAAAUUUUAUCAUAUUUGAGUAAUGUAAAGUCUCUAAAAUUCAGACAUUGUUAUGGUCUGCUUCCUUUACACUUUGUUUGGAUAGGAAGAAAUGGAAGGAAAAGAAGAGAAGAGAA